CAUUUGACAUUGGUGAUCUAAAAAAACUGUUCAACGAACCGGCUGGGGUUGAUUGAAGUUCAUUUGUGCAACACUUCGACCGUCAAUUUAAGAAUACAAUUAAGGGUAUGGCUAACCCGGAUGUAAGACCAUCAGACCUUCAGAAACCUUUGGCUAAUAUUCGCCUCGUCCCAACAGACUACAACCAGUGGGAACGCACAGGGAGUUCCAGACGUAUUGCACAGAACACUUCUGCAUCCAAGCAGAAAGAUGGAGCCAGGAUUAAUAAUGACACAACAGCUGGGCGUGAAUCAUCACCGACCGUCGGACAACGUCCACGAGAGUCGUCAGCGAGGCAGUUCCAUCACUUUGCAGGCCCUGCCUGUCCCCAUCACCACAAGUCCAGGACGAGAGGAACACCAGCUGAAGAGACAGACGAGAGCAUCAAGGAGAAACUGAGGGAAAACAAGGUGCUGGAGCUCCUCAUCAAAUCAAGGAGAAAAGCUCUCGCCAACUAUAAAAGCAGACAGGAAACACUUCUUGGAGAGAAUACCAAACUGAGAGGGGAGAUUGAAGGCAAUGAGAAAGAAGUGCAUGAUGAGGUGAAGUCACUCCUACAGAAGUAUGAGAGAUUCCGGGGGGCUGUGUCUACGUUGAGUGCGAAGUUUGAAAUGGAGAAGACGCUCGCUAAGAAAGCCUAUGAUCAGGCUAAGGCACUGCAAGCCAAUGAAGUGGAAGUUCUUGAGAAGCAAGUUGGCGUCUUAGAUGACAGACUGAAAGAAAGACAGACGGAGCUUUCGGUUUUGACGAGCUAUAAAGACAAAGAGUAUCCGGUCAGGGCCAUGAAGAUUGCUGAACUCCAGAAACAAAUUCAGUAUCUUACUGCUGAGUAUGAGGAGGAGAUUACUGAGCUAGUGAGUAUAACAGCGAUAGAGAAAGAGAAAUAUCAAGAGGACAGUGCGGAGAGACUUCAUGACAUCAAAGCUACAGUUACAGAUAAUGCUAUAGACUCUAUGCACAGCAGCCUGAAGGAAAUGGCCAUGCAGAACAUCGUCAUGAGAAAGGAGAUUGAAGAACACGAACGCCUCCUUGAAGAACUAGUUCUGACCAAUAAGGAGCUGACGGUCGAGGUGAAGGAAAUGCAGCACGAUCCAAAGACCAACCCGCGUCACGUUAUGUUUCCACAUUUAUUCAAGGAAACAACCAAAUGCACACCAGACAUGGAUGUAGUUCUUGAUAUUCCAACACAAGAGUGGCUUCCAAUAUAAAUGCUUGGCGGAUCGACACAACCAGAAUGUGAACCUUCUACCUCCAGCUGGACAUUGUUGACCACCAAGCUCCAAAAUGCAGUACUUCCAACAGCUACAGAUUUGUACUACUGUGGUAACUUCUUUUGACCUGUGGGCGGAAAGUCCGGAGACAUUAUAUCCAACCAGGUCUAUUAUAUCAUGGAACGAGUUUUUGUUUUUAGAUGAUGUUGUUUGAUAUCCAAAUACUCAAAAGGAUCGGUCAAAACAUAGUCAUGUUUGAGGGAAUUAUAAUCAUAUUUAAAGACUUCCUUCGUAUUCAUUACGGAAAUCUGUUAAUAUAAAUAAACAAAUUGUACACAGUCAGUGCUAUUACUGACAUUUUAUUUUGUUGAAUACAUGUAUAUGUGUAAAUAACAAGAGUUUUUUCGUGAUUUUUAUUUACCAUACAAAAAACCUGUGGUCUGAAUGAAUAGCUGGGGCAGUGGGUUUGGCUAGAAAAAAAACACAGAUCUUUAAUGUAGUCUUUGGACAUUUGGAAAAAGUACACAAGUGUAGGCACUAUGGGGGAGAGUAACUUGACAUACCCCGGGAUUCCUCAUAUCAAAUUGGGCAGCGGAUAACAAUUAAGGGGUCAGGGGAUAAUUCCAAGUAUUUGUAUUAGCAUUUUGUACUGUAUGCUAUGUGAGUUUAUUUAGUGGGGUGCACUGUACCUAUACCUCUGCAAUCAAGUUGACACCUGGAUCGUUCUGCACGAUUGCAACAUUGUCUGAACUUCUAGAACAUGAGAAUAUUAUGGGCAAGGGCAUUUUGAAACGGACUGUUCUGGCGUUUCAACAGACCAAUCCAUGUUCACCUCUUAUGUAGUUGCUGGAAUAUUUUAAAUCUAUCCACGGAGGCUGACAUCGUGGAUCUUCCAAACAUGAUUAGGGAUAAACACCUCUGGCGUGACGUGCAAAUUUUAGCUCAAUUGGUCGUCGCAGUCGAAAUUGCAAGAUAAU